UUGCGAAAUGUCACAAGUCGCAGACGAACGUGGCAAUACACAGACAGUGGAAAUUCCUCGAGGAUCAAAAGAACUCAAGUCUACAAACUACGGGUGGUUCAGCUUGAAACCUAGCUGCCUACAAGGCCUGUUGUCCUCUCGAUGGAUUCUAGUAUUCUGCUGCAUUCUCGUCGGUACACAAAGCCUGAUAGUCACCGGUUUGUCAGGGGUCGUUAUUUCGUCGAUCGAAAAGCGAUAUUAUCUACGAAGUAGCGAAGUAGGGAGUAUAUUUUCGUGUUAUGAUAUCGGCAAUACACUUGUGACCUUACUCGUCAGCUAUAUCGGCCAUUCACACAAAUCCAAAUGGCUGGGGGCUGGUUCAAUUGUGCUGGGCCUGGGCUGUCUGGUUUUUGCCCUACCACAGCUAUUGGUAGCCGAAUACGAACCCAGAAUCGCAGGAUCUAGCGACCUAUGUUAUUUGAACGAAACUCUACGCAACAGCACAAGUUCGUCGGAAAAUUGCCGAAGUUCGGAAUGGUAUCAUCUGAUGGUUUUCGUUCUUGGGCAGUUACUUAUCGGGGCCGGCGCCUCGCCUGUUUAUAACUUGGGGUCAGCGCAUUUAGAUGAAAGCGUGACUCGAAAAAAUUCCGGUGUAUAUCUUGGGAUUUAUUAUGCCGUGGCUACCUUAGGUCCCGGACUUGGGUUCCUCCUAGGAGGUUUAUUUCUCUCCGUAUAUAUCGAUAUUAAAUUGGUAAGCCGAGAAGUGACCUUCGAUGAUAUUCAUCAUAACCCUUUGGAACUUUGGAACUUUGGAAAUUUUGAAUUUGUGUUUGUAUAGGUUUCAAGCUAUUCAUGCAUUAAGUAUUUACUUUGCGACUUCGCCCACGCAUGACUUGCCUACGCAUUUCAACCCAGC